CCCCCGAGCGCGGAGCAGCCACGUCGGCGGCGCCCCUCGGUCGGAGGGGGCGUGGCGAAGGCCCAUGCGUGGUACGUGCCCCGCCCCUCCCGCCCGGAGCCCGGAUGAAGAGUAACGCCAUUACCGCCGGAGCCGCUGAGAACCCUCGCUGACGGGGACUGGACACCGGACUGGCCGCGCCAUGAGACUCCUCCCCCGCCUGCUUCUCCUUCUCUUGCUCGUGUUCCCCGCCACUGUCUUGCUCCGAGGCGGCCCCAGAGGCUCAUUAGCAGUGGCUCAAGAUCUUACAGAGGAUGAAGAAACAGUGGAAGAUUCAAUAAUUGAAGAUGAAGAUGAUGAAGCUGAGGUUGAAGAAGAUGAACCCACAGAUUUGGCAGAAGAUAAAGAGGAAGAAGAUGUAUCUGGUGAACCUGAAGCUUCACCAAGUGCAGAUACAACUAUCCUGUUUGUAAAAGGAGAAGAUUUUCCAGCAAAUAACAUUGUGAAGUUCCUGGUAGGCUUUACAAACAAGGGUACAGAAGAUUUCAUUGUUGAAUCCUUAGAUGCCUCAUUCCGUUAUCCUCAGGACUACCAGUUUUAUAUCCAGAAUUUCACGGCUCUUCCUCUGAACACUGUAGUGCCACCCCAGAGACAAGCAACUUUUGAGUACUCCUUCAUUCCUGCGGAGCCUAUGGGUGGACGACCGUUUGGUCUGGUCAUCAAUCUGAACUACAAAGAUUUGAAUGGCAAUGUAUUCCAAGAUGCAGUCUUCAAUCAAACAGUUACAGUUAUUGAAAGAGAAGAUGGGUUAGAUGGAGAAACAAUCUUUAUGUAUAUGUUCCUUGCUGGUCUUGGGCUUCUGGUUGUUGUUGGCCUUCAUCAACUCCUAGAGUCUAGAAAGCGCAAGAGGCCCAUACAGAAAGUAGAAAUGGGUACAUCAAGUCAGAAUGAUGUUGAUAUGAGUUGGAUUCCUCAGGAAACUUUGAAUCAGAUCAUGCAAAGUAGAAGAGAUAAAGCUUCACCAAGAAGGUUGCCCAGGAAACGGGCACAGAAGAGAUCAGUGGGAUCUGAUGAGUAAAUGUUCCUUUGUGCAACAAUUCAGUCUUUGCUUAACCUGCCCUAAUGUUUUUCGGCCUGAUGGGAAUUAGUGCAGAGAAGCCAUAUCACCAUAGAAGGCAACUACUACUUAUGUGUGGACUGAGAAAUCAGAGUCUGUGGCGAUAAUAUUGCUGAAAAUGCACUGCAUUCAUUUUCUAAAGUAACAAAUCUGGUUUUUUUAAAACCAUUAAAAUCUGUGUGUGCGUGUGUAUGUAUGUGAGCAGUUGGUUUUACCAGAAUCAUUGUUGAACUACCUGAAACGAGCCUUUAGAAUACUAAAUAUUACGGUUUUGUCUCUUCCUUUUUGACAUUUUCUGAUUUUCUCCUCCAAAACUCAAUGAAUAUUUGUCCAAUAUGAUUGUUGAUGUCCUGCCUUGAAUAGUUUUAAAGGGAACAAUUUGUUUCUUUCUUGGAAGAGCUCAAAUUUCAAUUGAUGGCACAAAUUAGCAUUGUUGGUGGUGCCUAACAACUAGUAUUCUAAAGGCACAAGCAGGAUUAGCUGCUUUUUAGCAAUAGAAUUGUUUUGGUAUUUUGCUGCUGUUUACUGUAAUGCGCACCUUCAGAAAAUUUCCCAAGUGAAUUCAAGGAAUUUUGGGAUCUCUCUAGUACCAAAAUUGUGAAACAUGAAAAUUCUGCUGACUUUGAUAUAUAAAACCUAACCCUACCCUUUUUUAACAAAAAGAAAACAGUACAUUUGUGUAAACUGGGUUGUGUUGUCCAUUGUUACUGUACUUCUGACUCAGAGAUAGCUCUGGAAUCAUUUUAGACCUACUCAGUUUUUUUUAAAGAAAUAAUUUUUUUCUCCUUAAUAGAUGUAUCCCUUCUUAAGAAAAGUUGCCUUGGUCUACAGAUUAAGCAGAAAAUUAAAUUGUAGGGACAGAGAUUAAUCCUAGUCUUAAAAAAAAAAUGAGUUGGAUAUUUUUAAAGCUGUUAACCAAUCAAAACAUUGGGGAGUUCUGGUUGUUGACAUAACAUUUUUUUCAGUUAAUCCGAAAAAUUCCAAAAAAUUGUGCUUAAGUGGUUGUUGACAUAACAUUUUUUUCAGUUAAUCCGAAAAAUUCCAAAAAAUUGUGCUUAAGUGCUUAAGACCUUAGAACCAAAAUUAAACUGGACUUCAUAAAAUCCUCUUAGAGAGUUACUUUUGCCCUAGGCAGUAAAUUAAGUUUGGCAUUAUUGUCAGACUAGAUAAAGGGUAAAGUAAAAUGGAACAAAUAAGAAGCUUUCCCAUUCUAUCUUUAAGCCAUAUUCUCCCACAUAUAUUUUGUAAGGAAAUGGUAAAUGGAAUUUUAGUGGCUCUUUAAUUCCUGCCCUCUUUUCAUUCUCAUCCAAUACAAUGACCCCCACACCCGUGCCCACACAGAUAAAAACAAAACAAAAUACACAAAAAAGUAAACAAAAGUCUUCUGAGCUGUUUAAGUGUUUAAACAUCUGAGCCAAAGCCAAUGACAAUAGAAUAGAAGUUAUUGUAUGAUUGUUAACACUUUGCAACUUAGGUUCACAACCCUAAGUUGUCAAAUUACCUAUAUUGGCAUUGCUGGACCAUAAACUUUCUAUACCUGUACUAUAAAGUGUUUGAGUUUUUAAUUGGGCUGUGUGAUUAGUAGUUUGUUUUGAAAAAGCUCUAUGAGCUCUAAGUAACUCUGCAUGUUUUUUUUUUUUUAAUGUAACAUAGGAGACCCUUCACAUUCUCAAGGUAUAUAUUCCAAAACAUUUUUGUGAAUAUCUAAGUUUGUGAAACUGCUGGAAUAUAAUGCAGUAUUAGUAUAAUAUUUAAAUGGCCUCUAGAGAGUCUUACUAAAUACGUGGUAAUACAUUGCAAAACCGCAGCAAGCUAUACAGCUGCCAGCCCUCCUCACUCCUAAGUAAUUUGCCUUACAUACCAGCCCUUCUACUUCUGAGGUUCAAAUUAGUGCCUUCAGAAAUGUAGAAUUUAUUAUUUGUCAUGUUUUAUUUUUUUAGUAUAGAUUGGGAACAGUUGAAAACUCUUAAGUGCUCAGAUGCCAGGGGUCUACUAUAGCAUCAGUAAGUAUUUAGCAGAAACUAACUCCAUAAUGAAUGGAAUUCAAUUCCACACAUGGUUUGUUCAAGCACACUUAAUAAGUAGCCUAUUUUUUAAAUGUCUUUUUUAAAUGUAAAUAUUUGGAUGAAGUUUUUCUUUGUUUUGAUAUAUUCAUUUGCUACACCAACCAUGGUUUCAGAAUUCAUCUUUUGAACAACUUGGUUUCAGAAUAUGUAAAAUGAACUUAAGGAUCUUGUGUAUUAAACCUGUCACCUCAGUGUGUGAGAAUAAUGUGUUCAUAAAGCAUGGAUCUCGC